AUGCCUCCUCUGAUGGCUCAUCCGAUGCCUCCUACAAUGGCUCAUCCGACGGCUCCUCUGAUGGUUCCUCCGGUGCCUCUUCCGAUGGCUCCUCCGCGGACCCACAAGAACAAGACGAGCCAUUUUUUAGAUGGCAAGUCCGAGCAAAUCUACAACGACGUAAUUGCUCGGGUUGAGGAGCGCCAGACUCAGCUGACCCAGCAGUCCGCCGACGGAUUACCCGUUACCUUAUCCACAACUGAAGUGGAUAAGAUUUACGAGGAGGUUGUCCCUAAGAAAAAGGGACGUACGUUGGGGAUCGGUUCCGUCAAUGAUGUCCCGAGAGCGACAUCGUCUUAUGCUCAGAGACGGACCGAAGAAGUCACUCAGUUGCGUUCCGAGCUGGGCGCGACCAAAAGCCGUGUGAGUGGACUCGAGGCCUUCAUCGACGUUAUAGCGUCCACAAAUCCGGAAUGGGAAGCUUUGUUGAGGAACAUGAAACAACAAAAUCCCAUUCCAGGCGAGUCAUCGGGCACACAUAACGAGGAGGAUGUUACGAGGAGGAGCGAGGAAUUCUACGAGGCGAUGAACGAGCCUUAGUUUUUUUAG